AGCAUCGGUGGGCAUGACUUUCCCGUGCUCCUAGACACAGGCUCGUCGGAUCUCUGGGUCAUCUCCAGCGACUGUACGGCAGCUGAUUGCCUGGGUAUCGCCACGUACCAGACGACACCGACGCUCUCCCUCACCGAUACGCCUUUCAAGCUUGGUUAUUUGAUGGGCUCGGUGUCUGGGACGGUCGGUUAUGAGACCAUCACCCUUGGUAACUAUCAAAUAUGCUCGCAAGUGUUCGCCGUGGCGGAUCAGGCUACAGACCUCUCCUUAUCCGCUACCGGCUACAGUGGUAUUUUGGGACUUUCCUUCCCAGCAGCUGCGUCAAUAUCCACGACCUCGGGUAUAUCUCUCGUGCAGAACUUAUUCUCUGCAUUUUAUGAUGACUCUAAGAAAUACUUCGCCUUUAAAUUGGGACGAGACGACGAUAGGACUGAACCAGAUGAUUCAUCGUUUACCAUAGGUCAACUAGACGAAGAGGUGCUUCAGUCUAUUGGGCAUAACUUAAGUGGUGAUAUCCAAUUCGAUGAAAUGCCAGUGGUCGCUCGGUCGGAUGGCGUCUACGAUUACUGGAAGGUACCCUUGCUCUCGCUUACUAUCGACUCACAACCGCUCCAACUAUCGCCCUCGCGGGUACCCGAAGCGUCCAGCCCACUGGCCGUACUGGACACCGGUACCACUCUCAUCCUAGGUCCCACGCUUGACGUGGAGAAUUUCUGGGGAUCCUUCGGGAACGGUACUACUAGGAAGAACGUCUGGAGCCAAUGGGAAGUGCGCUGCGAAAGAGCGGCACGGAUUGGAUUCCUCCUGGGUAAGGAGGGCCACGAAUACGUUGUGGAUCCGCAAGAUAUCAGUUGGUCCGGGAGUAGGUCAGGGGAUGGGUGGUGUCUGGGUGGCAUCCAAGCCAACGACCAGGUGAAUUCGGCGGAUUGGAUCCUUGGUGACGUCUUCCUCCGGGUAUUUCCAUUCUCUUGCAUAUCCUCGCGACUACCUCAGAACGUUUAUGUCAAACAUCAAGUCCCGACAACUUCGCAACCCGCUGUCGUGGGCCUCCUACAAGCGACGAAUGCUGAUUCUGCGAUGGCCCGCUUCAAGGAGCAGCGAGGUCAAGACUCUGCGCCGCCUAUCCAAAUUCGCUCCGCCGUUCAUUAUCGCAGGCGGUAUAAAUUCACACCCAUCGUGCUACUCACCAUUACUUGGGCCAUCGGAUUCAUUGGAGGGAGCAUCGGGAGACUGCUUUUCCAGAGAAUAGGGCGCUGCUUGGGCAUCCGGCGCAAGUACAUGUCGCAUAAUACUGCAAAUCCAGAAGUCCGAGUUUAUUCCAGGUAG